UCCUAGAACUUAAAAAAAUAUGCCGUGCACUGUACAUGGAACAGCAUAAAAUACACCCAACAGACAAUUAAACUCCCCAAGUGUAUUUAAUAUAUUUAAUUUUGCAAUUCGAGGUUUGUUGCAUAACUUUCAUGCGUUGCACAACUAUCUGUCGUGCACGGGUCCAGUGUCUUUUGCCUCACCAGCAUGGAGGUUACGUAUCCCUAUGACGUUGCACCAGGCGAAAUAUUAUUUAAGCAACUUUGAUCGCCCACAUCACAGCGGAAAAAGUCAUCGGAUCAUCAGACAAACCAGCCCAGAAGAAAAAGUAAACAUAUGGCUCUCAGAGGUGCUGUCACCUGUUUGCUUUCAAACAGCCAAAAAUGUGCUGCUGUCACAGUGUCCAGAGCCCAGGGCACAGCUGCUGCAGCUCCCCAAGAUGUUGAGAAAAUCAAAAAGCCGGCAAAGGCACCCAAGGUGCCAUUCAACUGGCGGGACGCCCUCAAUCUGGAGGGUCAGCUGACUGAGGAGGAGAUCAUGAUCCGGGACUCCUUCCGCGACUACUGCCAGGAGAAACUCAUGCCCCGUAUCCUCAUGGCCAACAGACAUGAACAUUUCCACCGUGAGAUUGUCUCAGAGAUGGGAGAGUUGGGCGUCUUAGGCCCAACUAUUAAAGGGUACGGCUGUGCAGGCACUAGUUAUGUGGCAUACGGCUUGAUUGCCAGAGAGGUUGAGAGAGUGGACAGUGGGUAUCGGUCAGUCAUGAGUGUUCAGUCUUCGCUGGUCAUGCACCCUAUCAAUGCAUACGGGACAGAGGUCCAGAAGGAGAAAUACCUGCCACGGCUUGCUCGUGGAGAAAUCCUGGGCUGCUUUGGCUUGACAGAGCCCAACCACGGCAGUGAUCCCAGCAGUAUGGAGACCAAGGCCAAAUACAACCCAUCCAGUGGCACCUUCACCAUCAGUGGAGCCAAGACCUGGAUCACAAAUUCCCCCGUGGCAGACAUCGCAGUGGUGUGGGCUAAGUGUGAAGAUGGCAGAGUGCGGGGUUUCAUCUUGGAACGUGGAAUGAAGGGUUUUGCCACCCCCAAGAUCGAAGGCAAGUUCUCACUGAGGGCGUCCGCCACUGGCAUGAUCCUGAUGGAUGAAGUGGAAGUUCCCCAGGAGAACCUACUACCCAACGUCUCUGGUCUAGCUGGUCCUUUUGGCUGUCUGAACAAUGCCCGGUAUGGCAUUGCAUGGGGAGCUCUGGGAGCUGCUGAAUUCUGCUUCCACACUGCCCGACAGUACACUCUGGACAGAAUCCAGUUUGGGGUGCCACUGGCCAGGAAUCAGCUGAUGCAGAAGAAAAUGGCUGACAUGCUGACAGAGAUUACCCUCGGGCUGCAGUCAUGUCUGGCCCUGGGAAGACUUAUUGAUGAAAAGAAAGCAGCACCAGAGAUGAUCUCCUUGCUAAAGAGGAAUAGCUGUGGCAAAGCUUUGGAUAUUGCCAGACAAGCCAGAGACAUGCUGGGAGGAAAUGGGAUCGCAGAUGAGUACCACAUCAUCCGACACGUCAUGAACCUGGAGGCCGUGAACACAUACGAGGGAACUCAUGACAUUCAUGCCUUGAUCCUGGGCAGAGCUAUCACGGGACUGCAGGCUUUCACUGUUGGACAGUAAAUGUUCUCGAUCAUCUACUUGAAAUGGACAUUUAUGUGGAUUUGUACUGUACUACCUGUUCAACUGCCCUCUGAGAAUCAUGGCCUCACAGGGCAAACUUAUAAGUGUCAAAACACACAGUACACUCAAUCGCCCUUGCAUUAGCUUUGCCAUGUGGGAUAAAUCCCAAAUACCUCAUAUGUUUUCAGAUUAUGGGUGGGAGUCAUCUAUUACUGCCCCCAUUUGAUGUCUCUGGUCAAUAUGUAAGGUCAGCAUAACAAAUAUAAAAUGUUGUAGUUUUAUUUAUUGAAUAAGCAGAUACACAAAGGGAACAUGGAUUCAGCUUUUGGUUUCGACUGCAGUCAUGGGUUGUAACAUGAACUACUGUCCAGAAAACAAAGAUAUAGUCAACCAUGUAUUCUUGGAGAAAGAGGAAGGGAAAAUGAGUAAUCUAGACAAGGUCAACUAUUCCGAAUACUCAAUAUAAUAUUAAACAAAAUGACACAUUAACUAGUUCAAAAUAAUACGGACAUGAGACAAUAUCUGGUUUAUAAGGGUUCUGAGGACUGGCUUAUGGCCAGGGCCUCUCUCAGACCUGUCAGUGCCUGGCUGGCCUCCAGGAGCUCCUGGUUGAGCUUAGUGCAGCUCUCCAGCACCUCUGACACCUCCUGCAGCUUCACCUGCAUGUCAUUACUGUUCUUUUCGUAGACUGUGUACAUGUGCUCCUUCAUCUGCUGGCACAUCUCGGACACCUAGGGAAUAAAAAUGUGUGUGUGUGGGGGGGUAAAUCUAACCAUUUACCAGACUACAACAUUUGUGGACAGGGACAGUACAAGAACAAUAGUAUCAAUUCACUAUAAAAGCAUGAAGUGCAUUCAGGCCAAACAUCACAUCAUUAAAGGAGUGUUUGGUAAGUAUGUACAUUGCAGAAUAGGAUCAGAAGCACAAAAUAAGUAUUUUACCUUCUCCACAAGCUUAUCCUGAAAGCCGUCCAUCACUUUCUGGUCACUAGUGCGGCUGUCAUUGACCUUUUCAACCAGAUCCUGCACUCUCCUGCUGAUUUCAUCGAUGCUUGAGCUACAAUAGAUAUUGACAUGCUAAAUGUGGCUAUAACUUAAAUGGCUUAAUUAUUGAGGAACAGUGUGCUGUUCGUCCUGGGGCAAGUGGAUAGUAGGUUACUGCUCAGGAAAAAGCAGCCACUACAUAAAUGAUCACUUCAGGGACAGUAUAGGUAACUGUGUACCUGGUUUGCUGCUCUUGAAUCUUAGUCAUGCUCAAACUCAAGCUUGAUGACUUCCCUCUUGAUGAGUCAUAGUCUAUGUCUUCUGUCUGUAUUGCCAAAGACAGUGGGGAAAAACAGCUAAAGUUUUCCAUCAUCAACAGGUGUGCAAUGGCUGACAGUAAACAUUCAACGUUACUGUGCAAGUAUGAUUUCACAGAUCCCAAAAAACAGCCCCCAUAAAAAUGUAUGUUGAUCUUGUGAGAACAAAAUGUUACUUCUGGGAAAUCAAUUAAAAUCUGUGGCAACACACAAGAUGUGCUGUGUGAACAA